AUGAGUGACGCUUUAAUUGGGCUUCCUAUUCCAAUAUCCUUCAGAAAGCUUUACAUCAAUGGCGCGUAUACGGAAUCACAUUCUCAACAAACACUUUCCAUAUACAACCCUAAAGAUGAUACAUUAGUCGCAACAGAAAUUCCCAUCGCUGAUGCAUACGACGUCGAUCUCGCUGUAACAAAUGCUGAAACUGCUUUCAAUGGCCCAUGGGCAUCAUUUACUGCGUCGCAACGAGCAGAGUGUUUUUACCGUCUGGCAGACCUUCUCGAUAAACGCCUCCCGAUGAUACUCCGACUUGACUCGUUGACAACCGGAAAUCCAGUAUCUUUGAUCCCGACAAGAGAAAAGGGCUAUAUCAGAAAUUGCCUCCUUUAUUAUGCCGGCUGGACCGAUAAGAUGCGAGGAGAUUAUUACCCUGCUGACGACGGAUUUGUGAAACUGGUUCGCCAUGAACCAUUAGGUGUAUGCGCUGCUAUCAAUCCAUUUAACUCCCCUGUGGCAUCGCUGUUUAUCAAGGCGGCGCCUUGCCUGGCAACUGGCAACGUGCUUAUAAUAAAACCGUCAGAAAAAAGCCCCCUUGGCUCACUAGCUGUUGGACCUUUAUUUGAAGAGGCGGGAUUUCCUCCUGGAGUUGUACAGGUCUUAACCGGCGACGGCAGCACAGGGGCGCUUCUUGCCAGACAUAUGCGGGUCAGAAAGAUUAGCUUCACGGGAAGCAUAGCAACUGGUAAAAAAAUACAAGUAGCGGCUGCUGAGAGUAAUCUCAAACGCGUGACUCUCGAACUAGGCGGUAAAAGCCCAGCUGUGGUAUUUGAUGAUGCCGAUUUGAAGAAUGCUGUAGAUUGGACUCUCAAUGGUAUACUUGCCCGCAGUGGACAGGUCUGCGUGGCAUCAUCUCGUAUUUACGUACAAAAGUCAAUUGCCAACGAAUUUAUUAAGCAAUACACAGAGCGUAUGAAAGCCGCUGCUACAGGUUUUGGAGAUCCUCAAAUACCAGAAACAAAAUAUGGUCCCCUUGCAGAUUCACCUUCAUUUGAAAGAGUUCAAGGAAUGAUAAUGCGUGGAAAGAAGGAGGCAGAUCUGGUAGUUGGUGGGAACAGAAUCGGAGAUGUCGGGUGCUUUAUUGAACCUACAGUUUUUCUUAAUCCAAAGGACGAUGCUGAGAUCUAUAGAAACGAAGUAUUUGGUCCAGUUGCUGUGAUUAAAUCUUUUGAUACGGAAGAGGAGGUGGUCUCGUUGGCAAAUGAUACAGAAUACGGACUAAUGGCAGGCGUGUUCACAAAGGAUAUCAAUCGUGCAUUGAGAGUAUCUCAACGAAUUGAUUCUGGUGUUGUUGGUAUCAACUGUAUCAGUGUCAUGAACAUUCAAGCCCCAUUUGGCGGCAAGAAGGCUUCAGGGUAUGGAAGGGAAUUCGGAGAAUAUGCGCUGAGAGUCUUCACUGAACCAAAGACCAUCCUUAUCAAGUAA